GCGCAUUAAGCGAGAUCGUCUGACAUCAAGGCUGCGUUUUCGAGCCAAUUUAGAGGUAGACCCGAAUAGGUCAAACAGUGCAAUCUCGAUAAAGCCGAGCUGCACUAUUCGCUGAUUACUGGCGUUUAAGCUUGCAGAACUGAAGUGAUAUUCUCAAGAAUGGAGUAGAGAUCGCUCCCCCCCCCCCUCUAAAGAGGAAAUGGGUCGAGAUCUCUCGUCGCAAGUGCACCAACACGAGAUGUAUAGUGCGAUGAGAUCCAGCGUGUACUCGAAUAUCACUGAACUGUACAAUAUGAUCGUGAUGUGCAAACGAACGAGAUCCUCGAGAUACCCCGACCGGUACAAUCACGGGCUGUGGACGAUCGAGCCGAAUAUGUGGAGCAUUAUCGGAUAUACCGUGGUCAUUCCCGUAGUUUCCGCACUCGGAAUAAUCGGCAACUCCCUGAUCCUCGCGGUCCACUUGAAAUCGAAGACAUACUUGAAAUCGUCGACGUAUACAUAUUUAGUAGUGCUCGCGAGUUCGGAUCUGAUUACCUGUGUCCUGCUCGUCUUCUCCAGUCUGGCCAGAGGCAUUUUUCGUUGCUACAGAGGAUGGCUGGAAUUCGACGCGUUCGUUCACUUCCCGAUCGGUUCAAUUACCUCGAACAUCACAGUCUGGGCCGCGUUAGGCGUGAGCAUCGAUAGACUGAUAAUAGUCUGUAGCAUGUCGCGAUGUAAAAAACCGAGAUUCUGCAGGCAGUCGGUAGCACGCAGGCUGAUGACCUUCGCCACCUGCUUCGCCAUUUUGAUCAAUAUACCAUACUGCUUCAUGUACACGUACAACGAGCGUGGCGAUCUGGUGACGACCAACUUUUUUCAUUCGCGGGCGUACAAUCUUCAGAAUUGGCUUCAAUUCAUAAUAUUCGGCCUGAUGCCGGCCGCAUUUCUGCUCAUCGCGAACGCUAUUAUGUUGUACUCCGUGAGAAGGGCCCUCAAGCAGCGAGAGAUGCUGCUGAAGCGUAGAAACAUACGCGAAGGGAAUCGCCUGCGGGAUCAAGCCCGGUUGACGAUCAUGCUGGUCGGCAUCGUAUUUCUGUUCCUCGUGGGCGAGCUGCCAACUCAUUUGGCGUCGCGUCGCAGCGCCGUGUCUCUGCUUUACGGCGGUGAUCCCUCGAAAGUUCACGAGGAUUUCAUGGAAAGCUUCCGUAUGUGGGCGACUCUUCUCAACGCACUAGCGAGUUCGACGAAUUUCAUUCUCUAUUGUAUGCUGAGUCCGUGCUUUUUUGUACAUUUGAAACGACUAUUACUUCCGGAGCACAUUUUGAAGAGAAAAUGCGCCAAGAGAGGACCGAUCGCUUACUUUCACCAACAACCCGGAGGGAAAGCGAGAUGUGAAAUAUUUGUAUUAUAGCAUUAUUGCGAUAACAAUUGAUCAGUAAUCCUAUUUAUCCGCAUUAAAGACACGAUACAAUAAUCACGCAAAAUUACGAAAGUCAGUUAUUCUUUACAGUAAUAAAUAAUCGUAAACAGUUAUUUC